GGUGGUAUUUCUUGUAUUGUUGAACACAACCCGAAUCCAAAUCCAAAGAUAAGAAAAAUGGGAUUGGGAGGUGUAACUCUGAAGCCCUCAACUUCACUCAAUUAUCUCCUCUUUAAGCCGAAUCCCUUUUCCGGGUCAACCCGAAUUUGCCUCAGAAGAUCAUCUCCUUUGUUUGCUGCUUCUUUCUCUUCUUCUUCUUCAGCUUCUGCUUCAAUUGUCACCCAUAAUCAAUCCCUUUCUCUUGGUCACUCCACUCGUCCUGAUUUUCCUAUUCUUCACCAGGAGGUAAAUGGACGAAAGCUUGUUUACUUGGACAAUGCCGCAACUUCUCAGAAGCCAUCAGCAGUGUUGAAGGCUUUGCAAGCCUAUUAUGAAGAAUACAACUCGAAUGUGCACAGAGGGAUACACUUUUUGAGUGCAAAGGCAACAGAUGGAUACGAGCAAGCAAGGAAGAAGGUGGCAACAUUCAUUAAUGCCAAAGAAUCAAGUGAGAUUAUUUUCACGAGAAACGCUACAGAAGCAAUCAAUUUAGUGGCUUACUCAUGGGGCCUCUCUAAUAUAACAGCUGGUGAUGAGAUCAUCCUUACUGUUGCAGAACAUCAUAGUGCUAUUGUUCCAUGGCAAAUUGUAGCUCAGAAAACUGGUGCCGUUUUGAAAUUUGUGAGUUUGACUGAAGAUGAAGUUCCUGAUGCCAUGAAACUAUUGGAGUUAUUGUCAAAAAAGACAAAGCUUGUGGUUGUUCAUCACGUCUCGAAUGUGCUUGCUUCAACUCUCCCCAUAGUUGAUAUAGUGCGCUCAGCCCAUGGUGUUGGAGCAAAAGUCUUAGUAGAUGCUUGUCAAAGUGUUCCACAUAUGGUAGUUGAUGUGCAGAGCCUUGAUGCUGAUUUUCUUGUUGCUUCUUCUCACAAGAUGUGUGGACCUACAGGUAUUGGAUUCCUAUAUGGUAAAGAGGAACUCCUGGCAGCCAUGCCUCCUUUCUUAGGUGGUGGCGAAAUGAUUGCUGAUGUAUAUUUGGACCACUCCACUUAUGCCGACCCGCCAUCCAGAUUUGAGGCUGGAACACCAGCAAUUGGAGAGGCUAUUGGCUUAGGAGCAGCUAUAGAUUAUCUAUCAGAAAUCGGCAUGGAGAAGAUACAUAAUUAUGAGGUGGAAUUGGCUAACUAUCUAUAUGAAAAGCUAGCUUCUGUCCCUAAAGUUCGGAUAUAUGGCCCUAAGCCAUCCCAGACAGUCCGGCGAGCUGCUCUAUGUUCAUUUAAUGUGGAGAACAUACAUCCAACUGAUAUUGCCACGUUUCUUGAUCAACAGCAUGGAGUGGCCAUCAGGUCAGGCCACCAUUGUGCGCAGCCUUUGCAUCGUCAUAUAGGAACAAAUGCCAGUGCUCGUGCUAGUUUAUACUUCUACAACACCAAGGAGGAUGUUGAUCAUUUCAUUGAAGCACUCGAUGACACAAUUACAUUUUUCAGUUCGUUCAUGUCUAGCUGAAAGCAUUUCUGUUCAGGCAUGUAGUCUGUUUUAGAUGGUUGUUUGAUCAUUUUGUACAUUUGGUGUGAUUUUUAUCAUUUUUAACAUUCAACACAGAUUUUAUAAUGGUUUUGAGUAAUAAUAAGAUUGUUGAAUACGAUCUUGUGGGUGAAGAUGUGAUUAGCCAAUGUAUAUUUCUUCUAAAUACUGAGGUCCUGCUAUAUAUUUGUGGCGCUA